AUGCCAGGCUUGGACCAUGAGCAGGCCUUCUCCAAGAUCAUCGUGGAGCUGCGGAAGAAGCACCCAGGCCACAUCCUGCCGGACGAGGACCUGCAGUGGGUGUUUGUCAACGCGGGCGGGUGGAUGGGCUCCAUGUGCCUGCUCCACGCCUCGCUCACCGAGUACGUGCUGCUCUUCGGGACGGCUGUUGACACCGGGGGGCACUCGGGUCGGUACUGGGCUGACAUUUACUACGCCAUCAUCUCAGGGACCUUCAGGCAGUGGAAGGAGGGGACGACCAGAAGUGAAAUCUAUUACCCAGGGGACACCAUAGUGCAGAAAUCCGGAGAGGCCACGGCUGUCCAGUGGAGCGCCGGCACCUGGAUGGUGGAGUACGGCCGUGGCUUCAUCCCCCCCUCGCUCGUGUUUGUGUUGGCCGACACCAUCUUCAGCACUCAGGACGUUGUCACCUUCUUCUACACCCUCCGGAUUUGUGCCAAAGCCUUACUCCUGGAAGCCGGUACCUACUUCAGCCACCUGGCCCAGUGAGACCACCCUCCGCAAGCACCAACACAACCUCAAAGGAAGGGAUUCCCCUUUCCCAUCCCCCACCACCUCCUGCCGAUUGUACUGGAAAGUCAGUGGGCAAGAGCACCUCUGUCCCCAUGUGCAGGCGUGCCAGGUGGGCUGACCGUUCGCCGUAUCCGCCUGCCGCAGCGAGCACUCAGCCGGACGAGAAACCGGCAAUAACGGAUAAUGGAUAAACGUAGAUUACUAUUUUUUUAA